CAUCGUUUUGGUAGCAUCAUGGGUCGUUGUAACGUUUUUCUAAAUCUUUUUGUGUUUGUCACAUUGGUCAAUUUAUUUUCUCAAGCUGACGUCGAAGCAUACGAACUCUUUCGUUACAAUCCCAAGGAUUUGCAGCCAUAUACUUGGAAGUAUGUGUACCAACAUAGAAAGAAGGAUGAAGCUCAAUCUAAAGAGGACCACAAUGAAUAUGGAUGUAUCCCAGAAAGUAACGAAAAAAUAAGGCCCGACAGAACUCUACCACCCAGAGAUGGUGGAGAAGAAUACACUCAUGGUGAGAAAAGGGUGUCUUCUCAUAACACAAGAAUACCUGAAUUCAAGCAUGUGCCAACUAGCGCUGGUAUGAAAGUUUUCUACGGACGCCCCCUACCUGGACACAUAAUUGUCUUGCCAAACGUAAACAACGUUUUUGAUUAUCACGCAAAACCUGUCUAAAAUGAUGACGGACCACAUACUACCAGCACAGUUUAAAUAUAUUCUCUUAAACAGUUGUAAAUAUACGUACUAACGUUCAUAACAAUGUCACUCACACACGCAUAGUAAAAGCUCGUCGAUGCACAUGCGUGUGUGAGUGACAUUUUUACGAACGUUUGUACGUAGCUUCAUAACUGUAUAUCUUUAUUCUGUGCUGCUACGCAGGACGCUUCAGUGCGCGGCAAGAUGCGUAUAGACGCGUUGUGACACUACAAACUUUUAGUCUGUUAGUUGAUUUGGGCUCAUGAAUCAGUAUGAAGAUGAAUGGUAGUACACACGUUACAACGAUCA